AUGACUGUCGCUUUAAGUCGCCCGCCUACCGUGGAUUCACGGCAAUCCGGACCUAUCGACCGCAAUCGCGGACCUUUGACCACCGAACUCGUCGCAGUAGACGACAAGCAGAGACAGCUCCCGGUCAAUUUUGGUGCUUUGUCUCCAAUGCAUCCUCGAAUGCCGCAUCCCGACGGAUCGCAUGGUCCGCCCAAUGCGCAUGGAAUAUAUGAGCAGCCAUGGCGACCUUCAUUUUCGUCUCCAUAUGACAGUCAUCCUGCGGAACAGCGUCGCACGUCAAACGCUCCUCAGCCCACAUUGCCCCCUCAUGGAUUGCCCCCCCAUGGGUAUCCUGUCAUCCCAAACCGCGACUUGCCACAGCUUCCACCAGAUGGCCCGUAUGGCCGACAAAGCAGCUUACCUGGCCCAGCGCAUACCCCUCCAGAGGCUCCAACUCCUCACCAAGUCUUCCGUCCCAUGAAUGGGACGCCGAACGAAAGCCCCCCCCAUUCGGCACCCCCCGAUUACCGCCCGCGAAUGUCUUUCACCCCUCAUGAGUCGCACAGCAAUGGGGAACCUCCGCUUCCCCCGCACACAUUACCACCUAGUCAAUAUACCACCCCGGUUCCUCAUAUGUCACAUACCCCCACGCCCUACGAACCGGGUUAUUACGCAAGCCAGGCCUACGGAAUACGCCAUCGGAAAGCCGCGCGAGCUCAGCAGGCCUGCGAUCAAUGUCGAGCAAGAAAGGCAAAAUGUGAUGAGGGGCGUCCUGCUUGUAGCCAUUGCAAAGAGAAUAGUUUAAUAUGCGUCUACAAAGAAGUCCCCCCCCACAAGCAAGAAAAGGCGACACAGGCGGUUAUGGACCGCCUUGGUCUGAUAGAAGACGGCAUGAACGAAAAACUUAGUCGUAUACUGAGUCUCCAAGUAGAGCAAUCCAACCUUCUCACUCAGAUGUCUGCAGAAUCUAGGUUGAAAGAGCCCAAGGCCAUAUACAACGGAGAGCCGGAAAAGCACUCAAUUAGUCGUUUACUUAAACCGGACAUGGCGGAAAUUUUACAGAAGACGGAAGAGAAGGAUGAACAGGUGAGUCAGAUUGUGGGACAAGAGUUGGAAAGAGCCGAGGGGGAAAAGCUCCUGCUAGGCGAAGAUGGUGAACUUUCAAUCCCCGUCGAUCAUACCACCGCAGCUCACAAAUUGCUUGCCUGGCCCGCUAUCAAGAGCCUUCUUGAGCCGAGAGAGUAUGUUGAGGACUACGUUAUGAGGCUCGAGGAGGACCGAGGUCUGAUCCGUGUCUACGGGCGCGGAGAAGGGGAUGAUGCCAGCGAGAGCAAACCUAUCAACGAGAGCAGGCCCAUGGCAUACCCGACUUCCCACCCGAGCUUCGAUCAAGCUUACAAGAAUGAUAUUCCUCCUAAUGGGACAUGGGGCUCUGGUGCAAACCAAAACGGCACUCGUUUCCAACCACGAAGCGAUGCCCUUGAUGAAUCCGGUAUAUUCACCACAGAUCCUGACGACGUCCGCCGCUACUACCAGAGCUAUCUCAAUCAUAUACACAAGCUUCAUCCGUUUCUGAACCAAGGCGAACUGCAAACUAGCGUUGAUGAUUUCAUCGAGUUUUAUUGCCCGCAGAAGAACCCCGGCCCAGCAAACAUCUUGAACAGCAAUAGUGCAAUCGAAUUGCCGCGAGCCACAAAACGAAAGCGUUCAUGCGAAACGCUACAAGGUGCGGGGUGCGACGUGCCAUACUCCCCCGGUUUCAGACACGAACGCCCAGUCGGUCGCCGCAUUGAAAAAUCGCUGAAAAACGCCGUCAUUCUCCUGGUCCUUGCACUUGGUAGUAUCUGCGAAAUUCGUGGGGCUGUUCCUGGCCCCGUCACUGAUACGCCCGUAGACUACCGCAAGCAGAAAAUUCCUGGGCCUUCCACACGCAGCAUUCUGUCGCCGGCAAAUGGCGAAUCUAUCAUUGAAUCGCAAGGAAGCCUGUACUCAAAAAGUAACUCCUUCUCAUCCCCGGUCGACGGUCGGAAGGGCUCAUUGGACCGUCAGUCUUUUCUGGAUAACCGACACCUACGAAACGUGGAUGUCAUUCCUGGAUUGGCCUAUUAUGCAUAUGCCUCGCAGAUUCUCGGCAGUCUUCAAGGGGCGAAUGGAUUGGUCCACGUCCAGGCAGCUUUGCUAGCAGGGCUUUAUGCAGGGCAGUUAGCGCACCCUUUCCAGAGCCAUGGAUGGAUUUACCAAGCGGCUAGAGGGUGCCAAGUUUUGGUCCGGACGAGACGUUAUGAAACGAUGAGUGAUGGCCCGCUGAAAGACCUCUAUGAUUUUGCAUACUGGACUUGUCUACAACUAGAAAGUGACAUCCUUGCCGAGCUAGAUCUUCCGGCCAGUGGUAUAUCUCGAUCAGAAUCACGCAUUGCACUGCCCAAGGGCCGAAACCUCUCUUUACCGAAUGACGUGACCGCGCCCAGUACGGUCAUGAUGUUCUUCUAUUGCGCCCAGAUUCACCUGAGAAAGGUUCUCAAUCGUGUUCAUACCGACCUUUACAAAGUUGAAAGUCAAGGCCCCCCCGGCCGUUGGUCUGCCAACGUACUGGAGGUCCUGAGCAUGAACCUCGAGCUGUGGAGAAGUAGCCUCCCUGACUCGAUGAAGUGGAAGGAUGGGGACCCGCCAUCAAACGACAUCAACGUGGCCAGGAUGCGGGCCAAGUACUAUGGCGCGCGCUAUAUCAUCCACCGGCCACUUCUUUACAUCGCCCUUCAUUAUGGUCCCUCAAUGUCGAUAAAUUCGCCCGCUGGCUCUACAGUUUCUGGUCCGAAGUCGCAGCAGGUUUCCCCUUCGCUGACUCACAGUCAACGUGCUACUAACAUGGUACGAUUGUCGAGUGAGGCGGGUCCAGCAAGCCGAAGCGCCCAAACUCCGAAUCCCGGGUGGACAGCGUAUGCAUACCGCGACCUCAGCCCAAAGAUACGAAGAGCGUGCAAAGUGUGUAUUGACUCGGCUAUUCUGAGUACAAUUGCUUUUGAUGGGCUCAAUGGUCGACCAGUGGUGACCAACAUUUUCGGAACGGCCCACGCACAAUUCGGUAAUCUGCUUGUAUUGUCCGCUGCUUACAUGUCAAGUCUAUCUGAGCUGGUUGACCGCGCUGAACUUGAUCAGCUUUUCAAGCGAACAACCAGAUUCCUCCUGCAGAGCGCCGAGAUCUCACCUAGUCUUCGAGCCGACGCGAGAAUCCUUAGCGAGAUCUACGAGAAAAUCUUUGGCGAACCAAUAAAGAUUGACUAA